AUGCCUGGAUGGUUCAAAAAGACAUGGUACGGGCUGGCCUCCGUCCUGAGCUUCUCCUCCUUCGUCCUGAUCAUCGCUGCCCUGGUGGUGCCCCACUGGCUGAGUGGGAAGAUCCUGUGUCAGACUGGAGCAGACCUGGUCAACGCCACGGAUCCAGAGCUGGUCAAAUUCAUCGGGGACAUUUACUACGGGCUCUUCCGAGGGUGCAAGGUGCGGCAGUGUGGACUCGGGGGCCGCCGGACCCAGUUCACGAUCUUCCCACACCUGGUGAGGGAGCUCAACACAGGCCUGCACGUGACCACGCUGCUGCUGCUCCUCUUGGCCCUGGCCCUGGCCCUGGCCAGCAUGGGCUUUGCCAUUCUUAACCUGAUCCAGGUGCCCUACAGGGCGGUCAACGGCCCCGGGGGCAUCUGCCUCUGGAACGUCCUGGCAGGUGGCGUCGUGGCUCUGGCCAUCGCCAGCUUCAUGGCCGCGGUGCGGUGGCACGACCUGACAGAGCGCAUCGCCAACUUCCAGGAGAGGCUCUUUCGCUUGGUGGUGGUGGAAGAACAGUACGAAGAGUCGUUUUGGAUCUGCGUGGCCAGCGCCUCAGCCCACGCCGCCAACCUGGUGGUGGUGGCCAUCAGUCAGAUUCCCCUCCCAGAGAUUCAAACCAAAGUAGAGGAGGCCACGGUCACGGCCGAGGACAUCUUGUACUAAGGGUCUUUGCCCUUACACAUCCUUUCCUUAAUCGGCUCUAAUAUGUACAGAAACCUAUACUUUGGUUUUUGCAGGUUUCAUAUUCCAGAAUGUCCAUGUUCUUGGCAGGAGGAAAAAAAAAGAAAUGUAAGGAGGAAGGAGGGUGCCUGGUAGAUACGACGGCUGGGCCCAACUCCUGGCACCCCACUGCCACUGCCGUGUGCCAACUGGUGCACUUGGUGUCUGCUCAGCGUCCUCUUCUGUAAGAUGAACAGUGGGGACCUCGCAGGCUGUCACGAGGCUUAACAUUCCCG